AUGUCUUCUAGUCUUCUAGUCGCCGAGUCUUCUAGAUUGGCCCACUACAACAAGAAAUCAACCAUCUCCAGCCGAGAGGUCCAGACUGCAGUCCGUCUCCUUCUCCCCGGUGAGCUGGCCAAACACGCUGUCAGCGAGGGCACCAAGGCGGUCACCAAGUACCGUGAAUUAAGUGGCCACCUCAGUUAUAAAAGACAACGCUCAAAUGUGUCACCGAGUCGAGUGAGGGUUCACAAGAUUGGACUUGAAGAAAGAAAGAAAGACAGGGGUGUUGACGGUGGGGGGACCGCCGCAGUAAUUAUCCCUACCUUCCCCUCGAACUGCGUGCCGCCCCCGCCCGCCGCUGGUGGUCCACCCCCGCCCAGAAUGCUCCGCUGA